AUGCAGGUACCGAUGCUAUCGUGUCCGCUCAAGCAGACCAACGAAAUCGACUGGAUUCAGCCCAUCAAACACCACAUUCGCGCUGCCUACGGCGACGACCCGGAGAGAUACAAUGAAGAAUGCGGGCAGCUCAACCGGUUACGGCAGGACAUGCGAGGAGCAGGGAAAGAUAGUGCGGCUGGGAGGGAUCUGUUGUACAGAUACUAUGGACAGCUGGAAUACCUAGAUCUGCGGUUCCCGGUGGAUGAGAACCAUAUCAAGAUCAGCUUUACUUGGUUCGAUGCCUUCACGCACAAGCCCACGAGCCAGUAUAGCCUGGCGUUUGAGAAGGCGAGCAUCAUCUUCAAUAUCUCGGCGGUGUUGAGUUGUCAUGCGGCAAACCAGAACAGACAUGAGGAUACCGGGUUGAAGACGGCAUACCACUCUUUCCAGGCCUCGGCGGGGAUGUUCACAUACAUCAACGAGAACUUCUUGCAUGCCCCAUCGACGGACUUGAGUCGGGAGACGGUCAAGACGUUGAUAAGCAUUAUGCUGGCCCAGGGGCAAGAGGUAUUCAUCGAGAAGCAAGUGGUCGACAAGAAGAAGCCUGGUCUGAUUGCGAAGCUCGCGGCACAAGCAGCAUAUCUGUAUGCGCAGGCUGUGGAGGGAACCCAGGAGAAUGUCUCGAAAGCGGUCUUUGAGCGAGUGUGGUUGCUGGUGACACAGAUCAAGCAGCAUCACAUGGCUAGCGUCGCCCAGUACUACCAAGCCGUGGCUGAUUACGAGGCCAACAAGUACGGCGACUCGAUUAGCCGACUGAAUGCAGCCCUGACUGCGAGCAAAGAAGCGAGCCGACUAGCAAACGCCUUCCCCGGGAGCGUGCCGUCAAGUAGCAAUCUACAGGCGGAGACUGGCUCGAUCCUUGCUGACAUGACGAAGAAACAGACUUCAUCAAUACAAGAACUGCUAGCGGAAUACAAUCGAGACAACGACAUGAUCUACCAUCAGCCGGUACCUUCGGAAACGAAUCUAUCAAGCAUCCCAAAGCUGCCUGCAGCAAAAGCGAUCCCGGUUUCUGAGCUAUACCAAGGUCAAGACAUUCAGAGAAUAAUUGGUCCAGACAUCUUCCAGAGGAUCGUGCCAAUGUCAGUGACGGAGAGCGCGAGUCUGUACGAUGAGGAGAAAGCGAAGCUCAUUCGAGCAGAGGGCGAGCGAGUAGAGACAGCAGACGACGAGCUUGCGACAUCACUGGACUACUUGAAGCUGCCGGGUAGUCUCAAUAUCCUCAAGGGUGCCGCAGACCAGGACUCAAUGAGCGUUGAUGAGGAAUUUCGCAAUUGGUGUGCAGAGCUUGCAGGGCACAGUCCAUUCGGGCCAGUGUUCGACCAGUUAAGAGAUGAUAAACAGAACAUCAUGUCUACGUUAGAGACUAGCAUGAAGCAGCUCGACAUGGAAGAGUCGGUAUGCGAGAAGAUGCGAAGCAAGUACGGCGGCGAGUGGACACAGCAGCCUUCAAGUCGACUUACGCAGACAUUGCGAACGGACGCGCGCAGCUACAGGUCAGCGGUGGAGGAGGCCUCAACAAGCGAUGCGCAGCUAUACAGCACUUUCCGCCAGUAUGAAUCGGAUCUGGAUGAAAUGAGAUCGGCUGGCGAGACUGAUGAGGCAGACGUGCUGUAUCAGCGGGCCAUGAUCAAAGCUGGCGCAGGAAAGAAGAGUGUGCAUAGUCCAGGAGCAGCGGUAGAGGGCAAUCUACUCGAUGACGAUUUCGCGGACGAUUCAAGACACUCUGUGGCCCAGCAGAUAGAACGGGUGGAGGCUCUGAUCAACAAACUGCAGUUGGUGAAGCGAGAGAGAGCGGGAGUACUCAAGGACUUGAAGGAAAUGGUAAGUCGCUUACGUUGUUUCUUGCGAGCAUUUGGUGCUAACUUGAGAAUCACAGAUCCACGAAGAUGACAUCAGCAAUGUGCUCAUUCUGAACAAGAAAGCGAUCACCAACCAAGAAGCACAGCUGUUCAAAUCCGAGUUGGAAAAGUUCAGGCCUCAUCAAAACCGCAUUCUGCAAGCCGUCCAUAAGCAGUCUUCGUUGAUGAAGGAGCUCACCAAGACAUACAGCGAGCUUCUGCAGGACAAGCGCGUCCGUGGAGAGCAGAACAAAUACGAAGCUUUCUCACGGCAGCGUAACUCAGUGCUCAACAAAUACAAGAAGGUCCAUCAGGCCUACAGGGACCUGACUGCGGGACUUUCGCGUGCGCAGCAAUUCUACGACGAGAUGACGGACACCGUGGACAGUCUGAAAAAGAACGUCGACUCUUUCGUUGAGAACCGCCGAUCAGAAGGAGGUCAACUGCUCAGUUCUAUCGAAGCCUCAAAGGGCAGCGGAGCAGAUCGCGAACAGGCGCGAUUGAAGGAGCUCAUGGAGCGCAUGAGCAUGAGCCCGUCUAGCCAACAAAGUCACUCCCCUGUGCCUAGCUUCGAUGCGCAACGGUCAAGUAACCGACCUCCACCUCUCCAACAACAGACUGGCUAUGGCCAGCAAGCUCCCUACAACCCUGCGGCGAGCCCUCCCAUCACACCAGCAUACCGUCAAAAUGGCAUGCAGUCACCGGUCUACAAUCCCAACCUGUAUGGCGCCAUCUCUCCACCUGCUCAUCAGCAAUACUUCUCACCGCCUCCAAACCAACAGUAUAGCAAUUACCAACAGCCUUCCACGACACAGUACAGUCAACACGCGCAGCAGCCACAGCAGUAUGGUAAUAUGCCAGCUGGGUGGCAACCGCCGCCACCUCCGCCUGGGCCUCCGCCGCCUAAUCAGGACUAUGGCGCGAUGCAGGCGAGUCAGUAUUCUGCUGGACCGGGUGGGUACGCUCAUGAUCCGAGGCGGAAUGGACAGCCGCAGCAAAACGGCGCGUCUGGCGAUCCUUGGGCUGGUUUGAGUGCGUGGAAAUAA